UGUGUAUUCUACCUUUCAUGCUGAGCAUAUUUACAUUUUUCUAGCAGCACAGUUCACAGCGUGGCCACACGCCUCCCCGGAGGCGCUCAAGGCCUACGUCAUUACGUACUCUCCUCUGGACCAAUGAGAGCUGAGGAGGGCGUAAAGCGCUCUCGCGCCGGGUAAAAGGGAUUUGACAGAUGCAGGUCUCGAGGUGAUCCUCUAGUUGACUUCCUCAGUGGGACGGAGACCAUGGCGGCGGCGGCUGCUGCUGCCUGCGGCCAGCACCCCGCUACGAUGACGGUCGCCGUUAGUGGCAAGAAAACGCUUAAUAACAGAGAACACAGUCGGAGGAACCGGGACAACUCUCGCCGGAGACAAGCCGCUCUUUUGUUUCUCAGUAACAUCUCCCUGGACGGACGGCCGGUCCAGAGUAAUUCAGCCGACAGUGUAGGAAGUCGCCACCACAAAGACGCCGACCUGGUAGGAGCCGACCCCGGCUCUGCGGCGGCGGCGACGGGCGGGUUGUGCCCGGAGCUGGGCAACAAUAGCAGCUACGGGACGUUCUCCGGUUUGGCAGCAUCCGCGAGCUGCGGGAAUGCCAAUCCGUCCCCGGCACCGAGGACUACAGGACUGCUCACAGUGCCGCCCAUCCUCGUCCUGCCGUCGGACACGGGGUUCAACGACGUGGGGAGCGCAGAGGUGCUGCUGGAGUGCCGCAGAGGCUCGUUCCCCUCGCCGGGGAGCAGUAACCUGCUCUCGGCGUCCCCGUCAAACACUAGCCUGCUACCGUCGCCGCUGGGACCGCGGAAGUCUUCCACACUGCUGUCAGUUCAGAGCUGCAACUCGGUGUCCUCCGAGCCCAGACAAAGGACUCGUAACCUCUCUGGUGGGUCUCCCAGACCUCGACACACCAAGAAGAUCCACUUCAUCAAAAACAUGAAACAGUAUGACACAAGAGGCAGCAGGAUCGUGCUGAUCUGUGCUAAGAGAUCUCUGUGUGCUGCCUUCUCUGUGCUGCCCUACGGGGAAAGCUUCUACCUCAGUGACCCCACAUUAAACCACCCCAGGAGGAGGCACUCGUCCGGUAACAUCUCCACCACCCUGGAGAUGCUGCCGGGGCUGGAGGGCUUUCAGCUGGAGACCUACGGCAGGUCCGUGUCGUACGCCCAGUUCCUGUACCCCACCAACGCCCUGGUGAGACAGAAGCCGUCGUCCGCCAUCGACCUGACGCUGCAGAUUCCCGUGUCCAGGAGCACACACAGCAUGCCAGGCAGGAGCUGCCCUCCCAGCAGACUGAACAGCACUGUGGGACUGGACCUGGGUGUAGAAGAUGUGACAGACUACGACCCGAACCUCCUCAGUGACCCCCAGUGGCCUUGUGGGAAACACAAGCGGGUGCUGGUCUUCGCCUCCUACAUGACGACCGUGAUAGAAUACGUCAAGCCGUCCGACCUGAAGAAAGACAUGAACGAGACGUUUAAGGAGAAGUUUCCUCACAUUAAACUCACUCUCAGCAAGAUACGCAGUCUGAAGCGGGAGAUGAGAACGGUUGGCGAGGACUGCGGCAUGCAGCCCGUCACCAUCGCGAUGGCCUUCGUCUACUUUGAGAAGCUGGUGCUGCAGGGUCGACUCAAUAAACAGAACAGGAAGUUGGUGUCAGCCGCCUGCAUCCUACUGGCUGCUAAGAUCAGCAGUGACCUCAAGAAACAGGAGGUCAAACACCUCAUUGAUAAGCUGGAGGAGCGUUUCCGGAUCAGCAGGAGGGAGCUCAUAUCCUUUGAGUUCGGCAUCCUGGUCGCCCUGGAGAUGGCGCUCUACCUGCCCGAGAGUAAAGUCAUGCCGCACUACAGACGGCUGGUGCAGCAGCAGCAGUCAUAGCAGCGUCCUGCUCCGCGCCGUGACGGACGGCUCCUCGUCCUUCGUCCUCCUCUCAGACACCAAAGCUCGACCACACUGUGAUGGCAGCGCGACGGCAGGCCCGGGGGGGGGCGUGGCUCCCCUUCAGAGGGCGAGUCAGAGAGCGGCGGCGCCUCCUCCUCCUUCCUCCGUCGACGCCAAAGCGACGACGCACUGUGAUGGACGGUACAGCAGCAGGCGGUCGGAUCCAUCCCUCAAAGUCACGUCUGCUUUGUUUUGUUGUCCCACCCGAGUUUCAUUUGUUUGUUAAAACAGGGUUUCCCUUCACAGAGAUUUUACUACCGGAGACAGAUUUCGAUCAUUUUGGUUAAAUCUGAGUUUUUGUUCUUCUUUUGUAAAUCCGUUUUGAGCAGUUUCAAGUCCUCUCUCCGUGGCAGAUGAGCAGAUGAGUUAAAUGGUUUCACUAUUAUGUACAAUUUACAAGUCUUUCCAAAAGUUUGAUUUACCUUUUUCUUUCUUUCCUUUUUUCCUUUCUUGUGUCCUUUUGUCUUUUUUUUGCGGUUUUAUAUAAGUUGAACUCUUUCUGGUGUUUCGAGCUUGGAGUUGACUGCAUCUGAAGCUCUGUGGACCAAAGUCACUGAGGCUGAUAAUCAAGAAACUGGACAGAAAGGCUGAAGUGAGACGUUUUCUCUUGGUUUAAAGGUCCAGUGUGUGGGAUGUGGUGACAUCUAGUGGUGUUAUUGAAGAUUGCAGCACAGAAGACCCCCCUCCUCUGGUUUGUCCAGUCUGGGCUGCUGUAGAAACAGGGCAGACCCACUUCAUGUGUAGAUAUAAAAGAUUCAUUCUCUGCUAAUGAAAACACAACAACCCUAAUGAGGACAUAAUUCAAAAGAUUAUAUUCCAUCUCUGCCUAUAAAUCCUACACACUGGAGCUCUAAAUGUGCCGACGCUAAAAUAGACGCAGACAUUUUGUGCAUCUGACAAUCGUUUCCCCGCGUUUAAAAGCAUCUUCAGUCAUUAGCUGUGAGUGUUUUCAGCAGCUGCAGCAAAAUGUUGCCGACUCCCUCGCGUUUCUGCACAGCAUUUAAGUUGCGAAAUUCAGUGUGAGGUGAUAAAAUGAGCGGUGACAGCAGCUAGAAGUCCUGCGGGCUCGUUUCAUGUUAGCACAUUAAUGUUGGCUUUACACUAACGCUCAGUUUAGCUGUUUAAGUGCCUUGCUGAGUGAGUCAGACCAGGAGCUUUAGCUUCGCCUCCCCGCUGCGUGUUGACCUCGCUCUUCCUGCUCCGUAACGACUCGACAAAGCAAACCUCAGACGCCUCAGUCGUCUUCUGUCCACAUUCGAGCUCGUGUUUCCCUUUGAGGUUUCUAACGUCCCGAUCAGGUGGAGGUUGUGCUCAGUCUUUGUUGUUUUGUGACGUCAACCAAGCCACAA